AUUGUACGAAAAUGAUUCAAAAGCGGAAGAUUAUUCUCCCAUCGUGCUAAUUCUCUACAGUGGUACCUGCAGCAUUAAGCCAGAACAUUUAGAACAAUAAGUACUACUUGUGAGCUAAAACGGAUACAUUGAGUAACAAUCCGAGGGCGCGAUUUAGAAGGAACAAAAAUGGCAAAAUCGAGUGACUCUGUAAAUGGGAAAGUUUCAGAUAGUAAUGGUGUUAAGGCGAUACAGUAUUUUUGUACACCGUGUCAGCGGGAGAAGAAAAAGUUACCAGCAGAAGGUUUCUGCAAAACCUGUAAUGAAUAUUUAUGUGAAACUUGUUUCCGAUAUCAUAUUCGUCUUUUGGUUUCAAAAAAUCAUGUUAUGCUUAGUAAAGAAAAUAUGCCAAGAAAAGAAAUUGUUCCUGAUAACGAGGAUGUUUUAGAAGAAAUUUGUGAAUGUCACGAUGGUAAGAUUGUUGAAUUCUACUGCAAAACGUGUGACAUAGUUGGAUGUUUAAUCUGUGUAACUUCUAAGCAUGAAAACUGUGAGAUUGUAUAUAUACCCGAAUAUACAAAGGAACUCCAAGCGGAUGACCUUCUCGAAAUCCAAAACAAAACAAAUGACUGGAAUAGUUUGAAAAAAGCGAGAGAAGUGAAAGAUAUACCAUCACAGUACAAAUGGACGAUCAAAUUAUACUCUGAGAAUGCUAGAGACAGCAUCAAAAUGUACCGCAAGGAAAUCAAUGAAACAAUUGACAAGCUUGAAAUUAAGUUAGACCGGGAGAUAAAAGCAAAGGAACUUGAGGAUUUCGCGAUGUUAGACUAUUACUCUCAAAAACUAACGCAACAAAAUUGUCAGCUUGAAAGACAGUAUAAAGGUUCACAGCAACGUGUGUAUUUAAGAGGCGUAUCUUCUACCAAUGUCAAAAACAAACUGUUCAUCAGCAAAAAACUUUUCCCCUAUACACUCGAACAAUUUGAACAAUGCCAAGAAUCUUUCAAAAGUAAGGUAAUGAACAGAAACAAUAAUUUCAAAGUAGAUAUGGAGCUGGAAUCAACUUUGAGGAAUGUUUUGGGUAGAUCCAAAAAGGUCAGACAGAAAGUGAAAUUAAAAAAUAUUGGUCGUGUAGACGUCAAGCAAAAAUUGGUAACAUUUGAAGAGGUACAAGAUGUUUCAAGAUGCAGCAUAUCUGCAUGUAUUGCUGUCUCAGAUGAUGAGUUUUUGCUGAAUGAUUCUGAAAAUAACUUUAUACUUUUCUGUAGAAUUAAAGAAUCAAGUAAACAAGAGAAACCUCCUGACAACAUAGAAGAACGAAAUCAAGAUUUUGAUAUCAUUUGUUUGAAAUCAGUAACUACAACUCCCUGGGACAUGACGCAAAUGGAUGGCAAAGAGAUAGCUGUAACUUUACCAUUAAAGAGACAAAUCCAGUUCCUGACCGUAGGCGACACUGACAUGAAGCUCUCUGACUCCAUCGAUGUCAAUGGACAAUGCUAUGGUAUUGGAUAUUUGGAGAAAAGAUUAUACGUGUCUUUUAUGUGCCCAGGGAAAGUCGAAAUAAUGGACAGAAACGGGAGGGUUGAUAUGACAGUGUCGAGUAACUUUCCAGAAGGAGUACCUCAGUUUCAGUUUUCUGAGCCCAAAUAUAUUGCAUGUGACACAGAACGGAAACUGGUGUUUAUAUCUGACUUUGGAAACGACUGCAUUGCAGUAACGACUGUUGACGGUGAAAUGAAAUCAGUGAUUCAUUACACGUCAUUACAUCUUGAUAAAAGCUUAUACGAAAAAUGGAUGAGACGUCCAUUAGCAAUGACUGUCGGGAAGAACGGAACGCUGUUUGUUGCUGUUCACUGGCCCUUUAGUAUUCAAAUGAUAUCCUCGGAUUUUCAACAAAAAGAAGUUCUAAGACAUAGAGGCACCACAUGGGGAAUACAAGCUUUGACUUUACACAACAACAGGUUGUACUAUGGUACCAGUGACGGUGCACUGUAUGUUAGAGAGAUAAUAAAUAUCUAAACUAUGCUUUUAAUAUACUAACUAGUGAAAAUGCCGUCAUGGCCUCAUGUUAGGUGCUAAGUGUCGCAGAGUGAGAAAUAUGUGCAGCCAGACCCUUCCGCGGUGUACCUUUCCGAUGCUCUACCAACUGAUUUAUUCGACCGUGACACAUCUUAUCCCCUUUCUGAUAUUCCAGUCCUGUAUUGUGUCACUUAUGUCUAGUACAUCGUAAUAGUUAUGUCUGGUAUCAAUCCAGUAGUAGCCGCAGAAUCUAAACAUUCUGGAUAUUAUGAUGUGACCACAGUGACAGUGAAUGAACUAAUUAAUACAUUUACAGAAAUUAGAUUGAAAUUAAAGUUUGUUUGAAUGUUGAGAUAUAACUCCCCCGCUCCGCUCCAGCCCAUUUUUAAAUUCAAGCUAUGAGAUAUUUGAUUAGUAUGUUUUUGAUAUUCCUGUAGAAAGAAGUACAAAUACUUGGUGGUUUAGACCAACUACAACCCUGCCCUGGUCUACAAUUUAAGAUUCUAAGAAUGAUAAGAGAUCAAUAGGUAUUUCUAUAAUAUUAAAAAGGGAUUAAUUUUGAUUAAAUGCUUACUUUGGGAACUGUUAUGAUGUUGUUUGAUGCUUUUUGUUGCAUUUGGCCAUACUGUUGACCUGAGGGCCCAAGUAUUUGUUGUAUUAAGUACAUAUGCCAAAUAGUCAUAAUUGGAAACUUAUUAUUUGGUACUGGUAACAGGGAGAGUUUGGUAUAUUGGG